UCCCGCAGGGGAGGUCGGGGCUGCGCGGCGCGGAGCAGGCCCCUCGGCCAGGCCAUGUCUGAGGAGGGAGGCGGCAAACUGCGCCUCAAGCCCAGGAAGGCGCCACCGGGCCGCAGCCGGGAGCCCAGCCCGGGUCGGGAGCCCCCCGCGCGGCGCCAAACAUUGGCCAACAGAUACUCCUGGUUUGAACAACAAGGAUUAAGUGAGUCUGAAAAUAUGUGGAUGCUGAUACUGAAGGCUGUCAAUCCAGAUCUAAAACCCACAAGCUGGGAAACAGUGCCCAGUUUACCAGAAUUUUUUGGACAGAAUUCUGAAAAUGAGAAGAACCCACCAAAACCAGAAGUCUUUAAGGUAGGAAUGAAAGAUUUUCAAUGGAUACCUCUCCCAUCUUUCUACAAAGAAAAAGCUCUUAAUAGAAAGAAUCCAAGCUGCUGUCACAUAUCAAAAAGUCAAACUGAGCAUCUAAUGGAAAGAGAGGACGAAGCAGACCCAAACCAGCUAAAUAUUGCUCCUGUAGUUGAGAAAAUAUCCCUUGCAGUUAAUGACAAUCCAGAUGAGAUCAUAAGAAUGAAACACAGCAGAAAAAGUUCUUCAAAACUGAAAGAAAAAGAAAGGACUGAAAAGUAUGAACGUAAUCAAUUUACAGAUUCAACACUUCAUUCUGUACCAGCAUCUACCCAAAGUCUUGCAAAAGAUUUUUGUCUUCAACAGCUCUGUAAAGGGACUGUGCUGAGUGAAGAGAAAAACAGAAAAGAAAAUGAAAGCAAAGGACAACAGUCAGAUGCACAAAUGCACCAACAUAAUGUUUUAUUAGGUGAGACCAGAUCUACAUCUGCAGAAAUAAAAUCUCCUGUUGACGUCCCCAAAAUGGAAGGUCUUGAGGAAAAGGCUGAGGAUCAGAGAGCAGGAACUUUAACUCUUGACAGUUGUCCGAUGUGUCUAAUCCAGUUUACUGGAAUAUUGUCACAGUUGGACAUUGACAGCCAUCUUGCUAAAUGUUUGUCUGAAAGUGCAGAUGAUGUGAUUUGGUAAAAGAACAAGAAUGAAGAGCCAAGAAGUCAGAUGCUAAGAUAUGAAUCUCUCUACAAGAAAAAAGGAAAGUGUAUCAAGAAAAUGUGUCCUGAUAGAAUGUGUAUUAAACUUGUAUAAUUGAAAAACAAAAACAAAGAAAGGUCAGAAAUACCAUCAGCCUCUAUUCAUUUCCUCUGAACCGCUCUGUGUAUCCAUUGUAUCCCUGAUCCUGCAAAGAGAACUGUGUGGGUAUACCUCUGGAUGCUGUGGAGCCCCACCGAAUGCAUAUCAAAAAGUACCAUUAUGGCUCCUUGAAGUACAGUAUCUGUUCUCUUUUGCCAUGUAUUUAAAUUAUUAUGCUUUUGAAAGGUAUAGCAGGAAGAGGUUGAUGCAAGAAAUUUUCUUGUAGACUGUUAAUUCUGUAGACUGUUAAUUUGCCUAAUCCAAAUGUCAUUGAAUCCAGUGACUUCAACAGGCUUUAUAUCAGGUUCUAAAUGGCUAACUCUUUGGAAAGUAAAUUGCUUGAUACUUUGGGUACUACAGCAUUUUUUAAUGUCUGUUUAGGCUUUUAAAUUUCAGUUCAUGCUUUAUUUGAAAAAAAGUUUAAAUAAAAAUCUAGUUGGAAUUUU